AUCACCGCCUUACAGAUCUUUAAAAGCCACUGCUUGCCGUCUCACACUCGUUCUCGGUUUGUAUCCUCUGGCACUGCAGGGGAGUCCUGGCUGCCUUGCCACUGCACAGGCUGAGCACCAAGCAAAGCUGAAAAGCGAGCAAAGAAAACAGAGAAGGGUAAAGAGAAAUAGACUUCCAAAAAUAGCAUCAGCAGCCACGUACGACCGAACAGAGCAUGGAGGACCUGAGAUCUGGACGCAAGAUGUCUUUCCUUUCUAACUUGAUGCCAGUUGUCCUGUUGCUCAUCGUCCACUGCGGAUCUGGGUCCCUGGCUAGCCGCUUGGGCCCCCACAAAAACUGCCUGACCUGCAAAGAUGGCCAUUCCUUGGGUGCGGGUCGGGCCUCCAGAGACCACCCCGUGGCGGCCAGCACGACCGUCCUGGCGUUAGGGGAACCCUGCGGGGUGUACACCCUAAGCUGUGCCAAGGGUCUUCGCUGCGUGCCCCCUCAGCGUGAGCACAGCCCCCUCCAGGCUCUGCUGCAGGGAAGAGGCUUUUGCGCCAAACAGAGCAAAUUCAGUCCCACCGAAAGGCCCCGCCCCACAGGGCCCAAUCCUUCACAUAGUGGUGAAAUAGAAAAGGCUCCAUGUCGUAAGCUGCUCAACACUGUGUUGCGAGGUCUUGAGCUCACUGUAUUCCAGUCCGAUCGUGACAUCUACAUCCCCAACUGUGACACUCAUGGGUUCUACAGGAAAAAGCAGUGUCGGUCCUCUAAAGGAAUGCAGCGUGGCCAUUGCUGGUGUGUCGAUGAGCAGGGCAACACUGUGCCGACACGUGCCGGGGAAGAUGGCAUUUUACCAUGUGAUGGAGAGUGAGGGCAGCAACGGCUCCACAGCUCUGAGCCUGGAG